AUGUGUAUAUGUAAUAGCACUAUCCAUUACCUUGAGAAGAAUGGAGGUGUUGAAUCAUCAGUUGGUAAACAAUUAUACGAUGAUGAAAUAUAUGAAGCAAAUGAGCGAUUAUUAGCUUGCCUGGGGAAAACAAAAACGACAGGCACACUUCGAUUCAUUUCUCGCGAUGUCACAGAUGAGCAGACUUUCUGCCGUCAUUCAUUUACAAUUUCAAACGCCAUCUGUGAGGAUUUUAAAUAUGUGCUGUAUUCAAUUAUAAAUAGUGCGGAACGAGCCGUGCAGUUAAAAGUAACUUCUAUACAGAAUUCUCCAUUCGUAAACUUUUAUCCACCUGUAUGUGGUCAUGUAUAUAUGUGGUAA